GCCGGCGGCACCGGGAGACAGCGAGGGGAGGCAGCCCUCAGGGUGGCAGCUCCCAGCCCGCUCUCGCCAAGCCCGCCGCCACCGCCAUGGGCUCUCCGCAGCGCCCGCCGCUCGCCCACGUCUUCAAGGGGACCUUCGUGCACUCCAGCGCCUCCGCCCCCAUGGAGAUCCUCCACGGACACCUUCUGGGGGUGGACGAUAACGGGACAAUUGCAUUUGUGGAACAAGCUGAUCAGCUAGAGGAACUGGUGAAGACGUGGGGGUUCAAAACAUCUGACAUAAGACAACUGAGUAAACAUGAAUUCUUCAUGCCGGGAUUGGUUGAUACACAUAUUCACGCGCCUCAGUAUUCAUUUACUGGUACAAGAGUAGACCUGCCUCUUUUGCAGUGGUUGACUUCCUACACAUUCCCAACAGAAGCCAAAUACCAGGACAGUGGUUUUGCAGAAGAAGUGUACACCAGAGUUGUUAGACGAACUCUAAAGAAUGGCACGACUACAGCUUGCUACUUCGCAACAAUUCACACAGACAGUUCUCUUAUUCUUGCUGAAAUUAUAGAUAAAUUUGGUCAACGAGCAUUUGUUGGAAAAGUCUGCAUGGACAUGAAUGAGAGUGUGCCACAAUACAGAGAGAUUACUGCUGACUCUGUCCAAGAGACAGAAAGGUUUGUUAAAGAGCUACUAGAAAAGAAAUAUCCCAGAGUACAGCCUAUAAUAACCCCCCGCUUUGGCCCCUCCUGCACAGAGGACUUGCUGAAUGCCCUUGGGGAUUUAGCACAAACCCACGAUCUCCGUGUGCAGAGUCACAUAAGUGAGAAUGAAGAGGAAGUCAAACUUGUGGAGAACAUGUUUCCUGCCUACCAGAAUUACACUGAACUGUAUGAUAAAAACAAGCUGCUAACCAGCAAGACAGUGAUGGCUCAUGCCUGUCAUCUUUCUGAAGAAGAGCUGAAACUUUUUAGUCUUCGUGGAGCUGCAAUUUCACAUUGCCCCAAUUCUAACUUUUCGUUGCGCAGUGGUGUCUUAAAUGUGCGAAAGGUUCUCGAACACAAUGUGAAGCUUGGUCUUGGCACAGAUGUUGCUGGUGGAUAUUCAGCUUCUAUGCUUGAUGCUAUAAGGAAAACAAUGAUGGCAUCUAAUAGCCUUCAGAUCAAUAAAGUGAAUGAAACAGGACUAACUCUUGAAGAAGCUUUUCAGCUGGCCACUCUGGGAGGAAGCCAAGCUCUAGGAUUAGAUGAUGUGAUUGGAAACUUUGAGGUGGGGAAAGAAUUUGAUGCACUGCUAAUCAACACGAAGGCUUCAGAUAGCCCUUUUGACUUAUUCUCUGCUGAUGAUUUUGAGGACACUCUCCAGAAGUUCCUGUAUCUAGGCGAUGACCGGAAUAUUUCUGAAGUGUAUGUGGCUGGAAAGCAAGUGGUUCCUUUUUCAAGCUCUGUAUAAAUCCAUUUUACUUUUGCAAAAUACUCUGCUGAUCAUUCUGCAUCUGAUUCGGAAAAGGUUGAUUAAACACAGUGCCUGGUCAUAAGGAAUGACACCUUACUUUUGGAUAAUGUUAUAAAACUUGCAAGCAUUGAAAAUUUUGUUAGACCUUUCGAGAAUUACUUUACCGAAAUUACUACCAAAAUAGUUCUAGAGGAAAUGGCUAUUUAAAUUUCUUUGUAAAAAAUAGCAUUUGUGCAUUGAUAGGGGAUCUGAUAAAUAAUUUAUUUAAAGAGGACACCUGCUGCUGUGUUUAAUAAUAGUAUAGGAAGCAUUAUGUGGAACGAUGAGAUGUUCAUUGUCUAUAGGAAUAAAAAAAAACCCCACUGCUUGUAAAUUGAUUUUGCAGGUAAUAAAUAUCAUGGAAGAAUGCAAUUUCCAUAAUAUUAUCAUCAAGUAUGAAGAAAUCAGUGUCAUUUUGGGGAAUGGAGUUUUCAGUUUUUCCUAGGAGCUCUUUUAAAAAAAAUUUAAUUUAAAACAUUAUUUUUGAAGAGGAGUUAAGUAAGAAUUGUGUGUUUAUAAAUAAAUAAAUAAGGGUCCUUAUUAAAGAAUUUAGAAUUGUCAUUUGUAGCCAGACACUCCAUUGAAUUAGCUUGAUCUGAGUGAUGGCUAAAUGAAACUUCUGUUAAAUUAGAAGCAGGCACUAAGAUAUCUCUGCAGGCUACACAAUGGCAAACAAAUUAAGAGGGUUUUCUGGACUAGAGGGAAAGCUUCAUCUAGUUCAGCAUCCUGCAGAAUCUUCCCAAACUCAUUUGCUCCUGACUGUUCAGACAGGAUGAUAUGAUAUCCCUUCUUCUUUCUGUAAGGGAAAUGAGUGCAUUUAAAAAAUUUCCAAGAGAAAAGGUCUCUUUCUGGCCAUUACCACCUUUGACUUGAGGUGAAAAUCAACACUGAAAAAAGCAGCUUAGCUUUACUGUGCUCUUUGCAUUUUUCAAUGUGGCAGCCAUAAAUCCAGCCCUGUUCAAUUACAGGAUUCCAGUUUAAAAAUAUGCCCUUUUUUUUUGGAAAUCUGAGUGACUUCCUUUCCUAAAAAGGCAUAUUUUCCUCCUUAUUUUUAUUUUUAUUUUUAUUUUUAUUUUUAUUUUUAUUUUUAUUUUUAUUAUUUUUUUAUUUUUUAGUAAGAUUUGUUUGAUGAGGGGAUUUCUUCUUGUUUCUCUAUUAUGUUUUUGCAACACAAAGAAUGUAAGCUUUAAUUUCAGGGUCAUUAGAGACCAAUAUUGUAUUUAGAUACUGUAAACAUGGUUUUAAGGCCUGCUUCAAACUUCUUUGAUUUCACUAAGCCUUUUUUCGCACUUUUAUCUCACUGCCUGGGGAUAUAGGACUUACCUCUGUUCACAAAACAAGGGAGGUCACUGCACCAAAGUUUCACUUCAUGUCUACUUCAGAGAGAGUGCUCGGCCCAAUGCCAUUCAUAAUGUUCUGAUUUUAAAAGCUGAUUUUUAGAGCUUAUGUAUUGUUAUGAUUAUGCUUACAUGAGACAGCACAGAGUCAAGGAAAAACGUAACAGCUAAUUUGGGCACCUACAGCAGUACAGUCUGUUCAUUGUGGUUUUUUUGCUGAAGCUGAGGGGCCGUACCAAACAGCGGGGAAUAACCAGCAGGUGUCUUGCAGACAUCGCCUGGACGCAGCCGCUCACUGAGAGUUCGCUCAGGUAUCUUUCAGGCUGCUGCACUGUGCCGCUGCUUGCCGAGGUACAGCCUUCCUACCCAUUAUGUCCAAAGACUUCUAAGGCUUUAGGAGUCAAGAUCUAAGGAUUAAGAUUUACACAUUCCAUCAGGGUGUUUUCUCAACCAUUAUGUUUUUCAUGUGUCCCAAUCACCUACGCAGUAGCACACUUGUUCAGCAAAUAACAACCAUUCAGCUCUUUAACUUGGUUUCCUGAUUCAGGGACAUUUUUUCUCAUGAAUUUUGACAUGAAUUUAAUUGACCAAAUUUCACAUUUCAAAACCAAAGAACUGUGAGACACAUGUUUUAAUCCUCCCAGUUACUGUUUGAAACUAUUUUUAGGGAAUUACAUGAUUUUCAGCUUUGGCCUUCCUGUGGUGGAGAAAGAUCACACAGACUUGUGUACAAUGUAUGCUAGUGCCCUACUUCUUUGCCUCCAGAGCUAUGAAUUAAAUCAAUGCUUUUAUUUUAGUGGUAGUCUUAACUGUCUCUGACUUAAUUGUUUUCCCAUUAUUUUGUGGUGUUUUUAAGAAAGGGAUUCAACAUUUCUUCUUAAAAUUCUUUUGGGGGUGGACAGGUUGCUUAUUUGCAAUAUGAGAACACACUAAAACUUUUAACAAGUUCAGGACUACACUGCUGGCCCAGUUACAAAGGGACUCUCUAUGAAUAUUGCUGCCUGUGAGCUUUGUAUCUGUAUUUUUUUAAUGGGUCAUUAGCAGUUUUGUUAAAAUUCAAGGAUAAGGUAGGAACUCACCUUUUGAUUAUAGCUUUUUUAAUGUCUAGUAUCCAGACAUUACCCAGACAUAGCAACAGAAAAUGAUCUUUUUUAAGAACCUCAGCUAGGGGAGGAAUUUCUGCCUGCAGGUAGUGCCAUGGGCUGCCUCCAGCACUCUGCAGUGCUCAAGACCAGGAGGAGUGAGGCCCAAAAUGGAUAGCAUUACAUUGAAUGCUGAGGUGUUUAGGGAUAAAGGAGUCUGAAUCUGAUGUUUGAGGAGGCCAGUGGAGGAAUUCAUAUAACAAAUAAACUGAGGCUCUUUUGACGGCAACUUGUAAGUAGAACUGAAUGGAGAAAAAAUGUGCUGCAAGAAAAGUUCGGUGGGGUCAUUUGAGGCAAAAGCUUGUUUAGUGGAAGAUGGCUCAUGCACAGAAAAAUUUAAGGUUUUAGAUCAGACGAAGAACGUAGUAAUCAGAAUUCUCUGAAGUAAUUUAGGGAAAAUGACUCACUAAGGAACACUAAAGAUCCCACUGUGAAGUUAUGGUCCUUGAGACUCUGUGCCUGUAGAUUGCCAAGAUGUUUGUUUUGGUGGGGGUGGAUGAAAGCAGUUACUGCUGAGACUUACACAUCUACACUAUAAGAAGCUCAAGACUACAUAUAUUCUGCUUCCUUGGACAGAUGCCCCUACUGCAUAUGCACUUUGAAGCAGGCCAAGUAAUGGGCUCAGGUUCUUAGAGUCUCUUUUAGAGACUGGAGUAUAUUUGGAAGGCAGCUGAGCCUACAGUGUAGUUUCCUCCAAAACAAGCUUAAUUCUUGUAUACCAAAACCACCCUGAAAACUGAACUAAGGUUCAAUAAAGGAGAAUGACUGGGAAUUUAGAACAGCACUAUUGUCUCAAACCAAAAUGCUAAUGGAGGCUAAAACUUGAGCUAUUCCCCUCUGUCCUCAUCCCAUCACAGAACUUAGCAGCAGAAUACAAAUUGAAACAACCUUCUUCUACCUUCCUCCCUUUUCCCCAACACCACCCCCUCCAAAGAAGAAAAAAAAAACCACAAAAAAAACCCCACCAAAAAACCCCAGACCCUAAAAUGAAACAACUGAACACUAAGGGGAUAUGAGUAUGUGGAAGAAAAUAAAGGAAUAAUUUUCAGUCAGUAUAAAUUGACACAUGUGACAGUAUAAGUUGACUGAUUUAAGAUAAAACCUCUGGAAAAAUGUACAUGCAAUUCCAGAUGUCUCUCCCCACAAGUUCUCUUACCAGAUGGUGGACGAGAUCUUUCUUUCUUAAUAUGUCUUUAUGUUCAAUGGUAGCACACCAUUCAGAGAACAGGAAAAAUAAAGGGUAUUUGUGUAGAGCUUGCUUGUUGGGACAAUAUGCUUACUGUGUUCUGUGGUCAGUUGAGCACUUAUUUAUUAUAAAUAGAAUGUAUUUGAAUUACUGUUAUAUGUUGAUCUCAUUGUGUCACUUUAGGUUUUGAAAUACUAGUAAGAAUUGCCUAUGCAUUAUGCAGCAUUAUUUGAAUUAUUCAUGUGUGGCAAGUGGAGUUCUGCACUUUAAAAUGUUGCCUUGGCCUAAUGUUUAUAUUUAUGCUGUAUUUUUGUGCAAUCUUAAAGUUUUGUAGGGGAAACAAAUGUGUAUUUUUUCACUGUACUGAAAUUUUCAGUAAGCUGGCUUUCUUUAAGAAAAGGGAACUUGAAAAUUACCCUGUCUAAAAGUCUGGGCCUGAUUAUACACUCAUGAAUAGAAAAAAUUAUAAUGGUUUUAUGAUUAGUAACAUUUAAAGUAAAAAUAAGUGCAGAUAAAUAUAAUUUUUAAAAUAUAAUUAGAUAAUGCAAUGUAAGUUAGCAAAAGAUAUUAUUGUUGAAUAUCUACAGUUUUAUGGAGCAAAAGAGAACACAGUUAUUCUUGAUUAUUAAAUUAAAAAUGAUGCUUAAGUCUUGAAAAACAAAAAACCCCAAGUUCUUUCAAAGAAUAUCCCAGUUUUAAAAGGAAAAGGUACUAAUGUCAUUAGUCAAACAAGCUGUUUAAAAAUAUUAUUUUUAGCCUUUCCAAGGAACAAUCAAUAACAGAUGAUAAGGUGGACAUCUUUUAAAGCUCUGGAUUUUCAUGAAUAAACCAUGCAGCCCGGUAUGUGUUAGGAGUAAACUCACCUGUAAAAUUAUAGUUUAGAGUCACAGAGUAAGCUGAGUUGGAAGGGAUCCUCAGGGAUCAUCAUGUCCAGCUCCUGGCCCUGCAUAGCACUGUUCCCAAGGACAGGGAAAAAAUGAAUUGUAGAAGACAUUUCAAAAGACGGGUAGCAGAAUACAAAAUACUGCAAAGUAGAAGGGAGAUAGAUAGAGGAACUCAUAAAAAGAAGAUGGCGUGUCUGUGAAAUUUUAGGUGUGAAAUGCUCAGAAAAAAAGAUACAUUCUCAGGUAAUAUUCUAUUAGAUCAUGGAUAUCAUUCCUUCUAAAAGUCAUUGAGGUCCAAAACCUGACCAGGUUUCCAAAGCAAUUGCUUACAUGCUUAAUAAUACAAGCCCAAAUACCUGCUCAUGGCAUAAUUAUGUAACUCUUGAUAACUUCUAGACCUCUGCUCCGAGAUUUAAAUCAAAAGUACCUGUAACAGCUGCAGAAGAAAUAUCAUAUAGGGGCAUAUUAUUUUUUAUCGACACCUGUCCUGUGAAACACUGGCCAGAGCAGAGGCUGACUUAGUCUGGUCCCAGUGGAGAAUUUCUGCUCCUGCAUGCCCCAGACAUCAUUCCCUGUCAUGUGCCUUGUCAUGCAGUGAUAACUGAGCCCAGCACAGGACAGAGUCUGGUGUGACUGAAGUGACUGAAUACAAACUCUUUUAAAUAUCAGAUUGUUUAGAAAUUAAGCUCAUUGCUGAGACCACAGCACAUUUUAAAUUACACAAUCAUAUAUCUAGUACUGAACUUCUAGAUACUAGGACUUUGGCUUAAAGCUGUGGGGGUUUUAAGCCCUUGCACUAUAUGUGCAACAACUCGUGCUUCUCUCAGCAGAGAAACCAGUCAAUGACAUCCGUAUGGUAUGCAAAAGGGUAACCACAAAAUCAACAAAUACCAUUCUUGGGAAGCCAAAAGGACAUCAUCAACAUUAACAACAAUCUGUUUUUUAAAGUUAAUAGAACUGUUAGUUUCUGUGGAAAGGUUGAGAAGUGUUUUUGGGAGGCAGUUUCCUGGAAACUUCAGUGUAAAUUCUUUCUUAGAAAAUGCCCAGUAUCUGUGUGCUCCAACAAAAAGGUCCCUUGUGGCUUUUGCAGAGGCAGUCACUUCUGAAUGCCUAGACCCUCGCUUUACCCUGUCAUGACUCAGAAGUGUGUAUUAGCUUUAAUUCUGGCACUGAUUUGUGGUUUCUCACAGACUUAGUUUGAAAAUAACUAUGCUAAAGGAGUGGAGCUGGGAGAAGGAUAAGGAUAAAGGGCAAUCUUAAGCCAGCCUGCCUAAUGCUUCAACACAAAAUAUUUAUCUUACCAGGUAGCUGUUGUUAUGUUUGCACAGCUCUUAGGCUCAAAGAUUUAGCUUAAUGACUUGAGUCAACUCGUAAGAAUUGAACUCAGUCAAUGCUAAGACAUAAACUGUGAGGCAGUUUUGUUGGCAACUGAAGGCUGUAAACUGCAUCCUGUCUGGCCUUGUGGCUUUGGAGCUGAGUUGUGUUCUCCUCUAACAACUUCUACUGAUAAAGCUUUCAGAAAGCAUUAGCAUGUGCUACUUACCUGAGGAUAUUUGUGCCCCUUGCUUCAUGACAAAUUUUCUUUCCCCAAGAGAGAAUUCACAUCUUGCUGGAGUAAGUUUUUCUGAUGCUGAUUUGUUGGCUUGUCACCUGUUGUGCAUAAGCUCUGGUUCAUGUGAAAAUGCCUAACUGGAGUUAAUGUUGUUGAAUUUAUCCUUCCUUUUGUACUUGUGCAGUUUCACAGAAGAACAAUGUAUUAGGAGAAAUGGUAUAUGCGAUUACCACUGUUCUGCUUGGUUUUGGUCAUGCUAAAUAGGAAGUCAUGUACUGUUGAAACAAAAUAAAGAGGCCUUGUGUUUACACCAA